CGCGUGGGUUGGCAGCCUCGGUGCUGGGUCCUCACGGGGGGUGGGGUGGCGGCGGGGAAAGGAGCAGAUCGUGGAGAGAAUUCGGGUGACACUCACGAGGGACCCUGCGGCGGUGACUGGAACAGGAAGGUUCAUAUGGGAAGGACGUUGGGGUGAGCAUCUCCGUUUCCAGCUGGCUUUUCUGAUUCACCCCACCAUUUAAAACCUGGAGGCAUUGGGCCACACAAAGCCUUGCUGAUUUCCGGAAAGAAGAAUCAUCAAAGAUGUCCAGCAAGACGGCAAGCACCAACAGCAUAGCCCAAGCUAGGAGAACUGUGCAGCAGCUGAGACUGGAAGCCUCCAUCGAAAGAAUAAAGGUCUCAAAAGCAUCUGCAGACCUGAUGUCAUACUGUGAGGAGCAUGCCCGGAGCGACCCUCUGCUGAUGGGCAUACCGACCUCAGAAAACCCAUUCAAGGAUAAGAAGACCUGCAUCAUCUUAUAGUGGACCAGGAAGUACCCCUUGCCUCUUAAUGCAAACCACAGCAGCAACCUGAAGAGGUUCCUUCAGCUUACCUGGUAACCACCGCUAGUAACUAAAACACCCUUCUCUUGGAAUAAUAGACCCUGAAGUCUCUCUUUUUCAAGUUGUCCUUUCUUCGCCCUUUACUGAUUUAAUACAGAAUAACAAUCUUAUUUUCUAUUUGAUAACUAUGGUAUCACAUUGGGUUACUGUAUAAGGAAAGUGGCAGGGGAGUUGUGGGAAGCUUGUCUUUACAAUAUACAAUUGAUUAAGAUAUGUCAAGACCAACAUUGUCUAAGCACCGGCAAAUUAAAAUGUCGAGAAUCACUCCAGUCAAAAACCUUUAUAUUCUAUUCUUAAUAAUGUUUGUGCCAACCUAUAUCCCAUGUAAGGGAUCUGGGGAGGAGGCAUGUGUCUACAACCAUACCUUUUUGCACUAUGGGCACUAACCAUCCUGAAACUUCCUGCGGUAGCAUCCUCCCUUCAGAGUUACAUCAUUGUCCUGACUCUGUGUAGGUAAAUUUCCGUGAAAUUUUUGUACAAAAAAAAAGGAUAGUGAAAGAACAUUGCAAAGUCCACCUGCAUUAUAAUGAGCGAUGCUGUUCUAGCCCCUCUCUUGGAAUCGGGCUGGCCCCUUAGUCUACAAUAAACGGUGCCAGUUAAAAACCUAAGGCUAGCACUGAAAGCCCUUUGAUGGGGCCUUAACUCAUAUCAGUCACCUGAGCUUCUGUGAUCCUGAGGCUAAGAAAGGGCAAGAUACCCUCGGGAGGACCCUGGGCAGCUUACACUCCAGGGCUCUUGAUCUCUGCUGGAUUGGGGGUGGCCACCUCAGAAACUUCCAUCCUCAUGACUGGAAUGGAAGAGCCAACCGAGAGCCUCCCAGUCUCGAGAGGGAGGAGAAAUCCUUGAAAAGAGCUGCUCUCCUGGGCCCAGCUUUACAGGCAACCCUGCCCCUUUCUCCUCACCAGCAUGGUACCUGCCCUUACUGCUAGAGCAACUGCUUUUAGAUGGACAUUCCCUCCUUCCCAGUUUCAACUGGUGGACCACAGUGGGGGAAAAAAACAUUCAAGCAAUAUAAGGACACUUGGGCUCUUUGCAGAUGCCUGUAGUUCCAACACUACCAUGUCCACAACCCACCCUGGGGGAAGGGUCCUUCCAAAGGGAGGCUUGCAUUCUGUGGAACAGUUUCAGCGUCUUGCAGUUGGGUCCUCACUUUUACUCCGAUCAUGAAAAUAGCCCUUGCACCCUCAAGGUGUCCAGUGGUGAUCCCAGAGGCACAUAACCUGCCAUGACCAAGAAAGGAUUUUGACUUUGUCACAGUGGCCAUUUAAAAUAAUCUAUUAGAAGCCCAAACCAAACACAAAGCCUGUGAUAUUUUAGUUUAUUAAGGUAACUACAAAUGAAGGAUUUUAAAAAGUGUUCUCAAAAAGGACUUAGCCCCAGGAGUUGUUUAUAAAAUUUCCCCCACUUGUAUACAGUGUGCACUAAAAGAAAAUGUAUUUUCAUAUCUAAUGCCUGGGCUUUGAGCAUCAUACUUCUUGAUGGUAAGCAUGCAGUACUAUUCCUAAGUGGCUCAGAGGCAUCAGAAUUUCUCCAUGUUACCCAUCUGCUCGGCACUCGGAAAUGAGCUUGUGAAAUCCAUAGCACUGCCCACAACCUGUUCUCACUGCUUAGCUCCCAGCUGGAUUAAAGACACCUGCUCAGGCGGGGGUUGGGGGGGAGAGAGGGGGGGGAGCUUUUACCUUGGAAAAGGUAAAGAUGGAAAUGUACACCAAAAAGACAAUUUUUACAUUUAAUGGAACGUUCUUUUUUUACAAGUAUAUUUUUCUACUGAUAGUUUCAGAACACUAAUCUUAUAUUCACUCUAAUCUUAAACAUAUUUCUUUAAAUAUUUAUAAGGCAGUUUAUUACAGAAUAUUUUUAUGCAAUCAUGUACACAUUAUUGGUAGCAAACAUAGUAUAUUCUUUAGUACUUAAACAUAUUUUUGUUAAAAUACUUUUAAUAGUAAGAAAUGAAUUUGAGGUCCCAGGAGAUUUUGUUGCCUUUUCAUUGAUUAGAGACAAUAAAUAUCUUGUAACUCCUAACCAGAUCUGAGCUGUGCUCACAAUAAUAACGGAAUCAGAUUCUUUGAUGCUGGACCCAGGAGGGAAAUCUUUAGCCAACUGUUGACUUACUUAUAGCUAGAUGUCUAUGUGAGAAAGUAUAAUAUAUGUAUACAUAUAUAUGACAUGUAGGAGUCACUUUUAUUUAUCUGUCUUUGUUCACUUAUGAAGCCGGGUAACUGCAGCAGUAUGUUGGUGAUGUCAUGAUGCACAGAAGUCCCAUGUGGAAUGUUUUUCCCACACUGAUAACUUGGCUUCCUUUCUGUAUGUUCAGUCUGUUGUCUGAACUAACACUCCUGCGAGCACUAUACUAUACUCUUUAUACGCUGAUCCCUAGUUCAUCUUAAAUUUGUCCUUGUCCCUGACAAGAUAGAGUACACAAGAUUCCAUGACUCCAGAGCAUCUUGAAAAAACAUACAUAUUUUUAACUAGGGAAAAUAUAGCAGAUAGUUCAUAAGCUGCGGGUUGUAGCUAAAUAUUCCGUUUCUUUGAAAUCAUGUUUUUAAAUUCUUUACCAUCUGAAAGAAAAAGAGUGUCAUACACUUUCAAGGGAAGGCUUGCUCUGCUUUUUCUGUGUUUGGAUUAUGUUUAUACUUUACUGAUCUUUAAACCAUCCAUGGGGGAAAUUUUAUACCAACGAAUUAAUAAUUAUCAUUCCUUGUUUACACAAUGUAAGAUGUGUCAAACUGGGGCCAGCAAGAUGACUCAGUAGGUAAAGGUGCUUGAUGCCAAGCCCAGCAGCCUGUGUUUGAUCUACAGGAUGCACAAUGUAAAAGAAAAGAACUGAUUCCCACAGGUUGUCUUCUGACCUCUACACACACACACACACACACACACACACACACACUAACAUUUAAAAAUAUGUGCCAAAUUAUAUUUGUUUGGGUGCCACCUUCCACCAGCUUACCACUGUGGUAGAACUGUCAGACUCCUCACCCUGAAUUUGUAAUAAAAGUGUGUCCAUGCACAGGCCCAAGAGUCACCUCCAAUGAAAUAAAUGUAAUACUGAAGUAUGCUAUGAUGUUUGUUGUUUUCUUUUAUCGGAAGCCUGUAAGCAGGAAAAAUACAUCAAAUCAAAUAGAGUAGAGCACUUACCAGUGGUCGACGGCCUGGUCAGUCCUGUGCUGGGUGACUUAGGACCAGGCACUUCAGCUCUCUGAGCCUCCCCUUCCCGUGUUGUCACGAGGGAAUAGAAGCAGAAGAUGGCUGAGGUCCUCCCUGUUCCCGAUGCCUUGGUUGAAUGACCUGCCUCUGCCUUUCUGCCAACGUGUUGGUGCUAUAAGCUGCUUCAAGUACCAGUUUGUCUGUAGUGUGCGCUCACCUAAUCACUUGUUACCCAGUGCCUGUUCUAGGGUUCUGGACUUAACGAUUUCUGUGAUGUUUCAUUUUUAGCCAUGUUAACUCCUAACAUAUAUUCUCUUAUGUCUCAGUAAAGUUUCAUUUGAUAAGUUGUUGAGAUUUUGUUAUUUGAUAAUAUUCUUUGGCUAUCCAUCCAGCAUCUUAGUUACUUUAAAACUGUGAUCGUUAUUUGGAACUCUGUUCUUUGGAAAGAAUAAAAGCAUUUUUUCACUUGCUAACAUGCUCACAAAUGUGAGAGAAGAGUCAUUAAAAGCUUUACUUACUGGG